AGACUAUUUCAAACUAUAAAAUUACAAAAACAAAACUUUAUUUAAAUGGUGUAAGUCAGUUAGUGAACUUGAAAAAUUUUAAAAUAUUUGUGAAAUUAUUAAUGGGAAAUUGUAUAAAUUCCAAGGAAGGACUAUAGUAACUCACACAAUAAAUUACUGACAUGAAACUUCAUAAAACCGCUAUUAAUUUGUGCUGUCCUGAACGCCAGGUGCGGCAUUUCAUCAAUCAACUUUGACUAAACUAACAACCAAAAGUAAAAAAAACCAAAAAAAAAUAUAAAAGAAUUUCGUAUAUUUUAGAUAAAACAGUCGACGUCCUCAACGUAAUACGAUUAAAAAUAAUUUUAUAUAAUAUAUAAACAUUAACUUAUAUAAUACCAAAAUUUAAAUUUUAAACCAAAGUCAAAAAUACCAACAGAAAUAGAAACUUAAAUUUUUAAAUUUUUUAUUUAUAUAAAUAUUAUUAAAUUAUUCCUGUCAUUGCUUUGUACUUAUUGCCUUAUUCUAUAAAAUAUAACUUUUUAUUUUUUUCUUAAAAAAAAAAAAAACAAAAUUAACGAAGAGCAAAGCUCUAUUCUUACACGAAUUUAUAAUUCUUCUAAAGAUUUGUGUUUAUUAUUCGAUUAUUAACUCUUCCUAAGAGGCUCUAAAAACUCACUCCAACACAAAACAAAAAAACAAUUUUAUUUAAACAAAUUUUGUCCCAGCAAUGAAGAUUUCAAAAAUGAAAUUCAAACGCAAAUUUGGAUGUUUAAAUGUUUGAAAUACAUUUCGAAGUAUUAUCUAAAUUUUAAGUUUUUUAGUUUUAUAUAUUUAUCAACUGUUGUCAAUCAGGUUUGUUAUUCGAAUACCUUUUUACCAUUUUGCAAAACACCUACCCAAUUUUUAUUUAUUUCCAUUAUCCCUCAUAACAAAAAUUAUUACACACAAAAAAAUUCACAUCCAUCUAAGUAAAACGUGUUGCUUAUUAUAUUCUGUUGGAUCAAACUUAUUCAGAGAAAACUAACUUAACGCAAUAACUUAAAAAACAAAUAAUAAACAAUAAAAAGAAAAAAAAAAAACAACAACCAUGGAUCCUUAUUCACCGGAACUUUUGUGGAUGGUCAUACUUGGCUUUCUAAUUGCAUUCAUUUUGGCAUUUGGCAUUGGUGCGAACGAUGUUGCUAAUUCAUUUGGAACGAGUGUUGGUUCAGGUGUUUUGACCAUUCGGCAGGCAUGCUUAUUAGCUACAAUUUGUGAGAUUUCAGGAGCUGUACUUAUUGGAUACAAGGUGUCGGAUACAAUGCGAAAAGGAAUUCUUGAAGUUGGUCUAUAUGAAGGAUCUGAAACCGAGCUAAUGUUGGGUUGUAUGUCAGCUCUGGCAAGCAGUGCUACAUGGUUAUUAGUUGCCACGUUUCUUAAGCUACCCAUUUCCGGAACACACAGUAUUGUUGGUUCAACUAUUGGUUUUAGCUUGGUGGCGCGAGGUACGCAGGGACUCAAGUGGUCAACAUUAGCAACAAUUGUUGGCUCUUGGUUUGUUUCGCCGGUAAUGAGCGGUAUUGUCAGCAUUUCGCUGUUUGUUCUUAUCAGGAAGUUCAUUUUACGCGCAAGUGAUCCUCUCAAAGCAGGACUGGCUUCUUUGCCAGUAUUCUACGGAGUAACGUUUUUCAUAAACUUCAUAAGCAUUGUUUUAGAUGGGCCAAAACUUUUAUACAUGGACAACAUACCAACAUGGAUGGCAUUGGUUUCAAGCAUUGUUUUGGGUUUUAUUGUUGCACUUCUAACUCAAUUUUUUGUUGUUCCAUUACAACGAAAAAAAAUUAAGAACAAAAUUCAAGCUACCGAUCCAGUUAAAUUUAAUUUCGAGGACUCUUUGGAAUCAUCACCAUCGGGAAGUCCUCGCAAAAAUCGACGUCCUGUAUCCUUAGUUAGCGAUGGAAAACAACUGCCUGCUAUUGCCGAAAUAACCGAGCUUGUCUCGUUAUCAGACAAUUCACCAACAACUUUUAAGCUUUCGAUUUCAAAAGGUUAUGCAAAUGAAAACAGCUAUAAAAUUAAUCCGGAAAUUGUGAAAAAAGCCGAGGAUUUGUUAGGAAAGGCUAGUCUUGAUAAUACCGAUCUUACUAUAACAAGUUUGAAUUUUAUCGAUGAGCAACAUACUAAUGGAAAUGCAAUGCAAACAAAUUGCAAACCACUUCAAGAGUUCUUUGUUAGCAAGGAAAAUCAACCCAAAUCGCCAGUGCUGCCCCUUGCAGACGGCGAAAAUCAACAAAAUAAAACUGCCAAUCCUGAUGCAACGGACUUGCUUGUUGAUAAUCCAAUUGCAACCAAUCAAUGUGCUUCCAAAAAUAAUGAUGAGCUCAAAGUAACUGAAAGUGGCUCAAGUUUAGAGCUGAUGAUCUCGUCAACACUGUCACCCAAUUCAAGUAAAGUGCCUCUAAUAGAAAGCAAAGAUCUGAGCGAAUUCACAAUGCCUGUUAAUAAUGGCGAGGAAACUGAAGAAAUUUCUAUGUUGUUUUCGUUUUUGCAAAUAUUGACUGCAACAUUUGGAAGUUUUGCUCAUGGUGGGAAUGAUGUUAGUAACGCUAUUGGACCGUUGAUCGCCUUGUAUAUGAUUUAUCGAGAAGGUUCCGUGAUGCAGAAGGCUGAGAGUCCAAUUUAUAUAUUAAUAUAUGGUGGAAUAGGCAUUUCUAUAGGUCUGUGGCUUUGGGGUCGUCGAGUGAUUGAGACCAUAGGCAAUGAUCUAACUAAAAUCACAUCUUCAACCGGAUUUACUAUUGAAAUUGGCGCCGCAAUAACCGUACUACUGGCUAGUAAAAUUGGUUUGCCAAUUUCGACUACACAUUGCAAAGUCGGGUCUGUGGUCUUCGUCGGGUACGUAAGUUCCAAGGGUCAAGACGAUUCAACCGGUAACUCCAAUAGCGGCAGUAGUAAUAAGCCAAAUUCUACAACUUCAAAUUUGGAGAACGGCGCUGUAUCUACUCUAACAUCAAAACCUAAAGGCAGUGUUGAUUGGCAUUUGUUUCGAAACAUUGCUUAUGCUUGGAUUGUAACAGUUCCAAUCACAGCAAUACUGAGUGCUGCUAUAAUGUUCUGUCUAUGUAAAAUCGUUUUACCAAGUUAAGUCUGCACGCUACUGUUUCAAAAGCAAAAUAACUCAUAAUAUAAGUUAUAAAAUUAAAAAACAAAAAAAAAAAAUUAAAUACAAUAAACAUCUAGUUGUCCGUCAUUGUUAGCUUCUUCAUACCAAAAUCAGAUGCAGAUUUAAGAUUUUAUUCUUUUUUUUUUUUAUCAAUGAAACACCUUUGUUUGAUAACAGUUUUAAUUCCUUUUUUUUCUGUUUCAUUUUGUUUGUAUUUGUUUUCAAUAUACAUAUUAUAGAAUUGUAUUGUUAUAAAAAUUGUGUUUCAAAAAGAUUGCAAAAAAAAAGAAGAAAUCAAGGUGUUUUGAAAAUCAAAUGUUAAGAAUCUCAUUGAGUGUAUUUAUUCAAAAAUAUUUGUUUUUAUCUUAAAUUUUUUUCAGAAUUCUUGAACAAUUUGUCAAUUAUCUUAAAAUUAAAAUCUGUCGAUAACUUUCGUAAGUACCUAAACAAUGACACUCUUGUGAGAAUGUGACAUCUUUCUUUUAGUUCUUAUGCAUACAACAUACAGCUACUGCAGUUAGUUGAGCGGUAUACGAUGUCCCGAAUUGACUUUUUAUAUCCCUGUAGUAGGUUUUUAGCCAUUUAAAAAAAAUCUAAAACCAAGAAUAUCGGAUUUGCAGAUAGAUAAAUAAAUUUAUACGAUUUCUUUUCCCAUAAAAUUAGAAUCUUAACACCUUGAUGAAAUGAAUAUGUUCCGUUUACACAUUUUUUACCGUUAUGAUGUUAAAUUGAAAAAAGCAAACAUAUAUUUAUAUAAAAUAAAAAUAAAUUUAAAAAAAAACCAAAAACGUACUUAUUAUAAGAGAGUUGUGUUUUUUAACAUGUCAGUGUCGAUAAAACUGCACACAAAGUUUCUAUACAAAAUUCUUCUGGGUGCAGUUUGUCUUGUCAUAAAAAAAAAGAAAAAAAAAAAGUUAUCAUUACCACCACAUUGUUUCAGUUCACGAACAUUGUAAUUAGAUACUGUUAUAAACAUAAAAUAAUAAAGACAGAUAUUGAAAACAA